AUGGCUGACGAUCCCUCAGACGCUCCUGAUCUUGAUUAUAUCAUUAACCAUGUUUUCUGUCCUCCCAAGUUACCACAAAAAGAUGACAGCAGUAUUAAACACGAUCAAGAGCUGUGCGCGCUUGUCCUCCAAUGUGCUUUAGAAUUCCGCGACGUUUUGUCCAGGGAAGCAGCGUUCAGAUGGGAUGCAAUAAUUAAGAUGCUGGAUCAGCUAUGCGAUUCUAAUAGAUUCCAUACGUUGUCUACGCACUUGAUUAAUGACCAAAUAUGCUCUAUGGACUGUUCAGACUUCGUCGUAUACUUAAUUCGUGCCCAAAAUGCUGCCAUUAUCUUGCGAAAAAGUGACUCGGAGGUUACCUUCGAGCUUUUUGAAGUUUCACCCACGGCUGCAGCUGUUAUAGGAACAAAAGGAAAACUCCUCUGCUCUUAUCCAGGACCUGCGAUAGCAGUGCCAUCGGACAUUGUCGAUGAUCCAGAUUUUAGCCAAGAACUUGCGUCCUUUCUUUCGCAGAUGAAUGAAGAUACCCUUGAUGCUGCGCCCACAACAACCAAGGCACGUUCAACUGUUGUCGAAGAGAGGGAAACAACCAAUCCGCGUUAUAUCACGGAGCUUCUUACUGGUAUCUUACGUGGGAUUGGUCGUCCGACGGAGGUAUCUCGCAUCACGAAGAGGAUUCGAGACGAAGUACUCUGGGGCCGAGCUCCAUUACCAUGGAGAAGGUCUCCCCUCUGGCUGGUUAUCAGAGUCGCACUGCAGACAACCCUCGAGCAUGAGGUUGAUGGACCGGCAGCCUACAAGUCGUUCAUGGUGUUUUUCAUGACGAAAAUAUUAGCUUUAGGAGUGGAGUCAGAGCUGCCGAGCGAUUUGCUUUACUGCAUGAGGGCUAAGGUUUGUCGUCGACUGUAUAAGCUUGCCUCUACCGCUCCGCAGUUUCUGUUGGAUAUGGUGAAACAGACGACGGAGCAGGUUCAGCAAAUAUUGCAGGAGCGAUGGGAUCUGGUGCAGAACGCUCAGACAGAGUCAUCCCAUUGGGCACCAGAAGAACUUGACAUAGAGGAAGACACACAUCUAUCACUCAUCAAUAGCCAUCCUUACCUGAUGCGCGUACUACUAGAUCAAGCUUCUCCAUCACCACAAUCAUUCUGGCAGCCACAAGAUCAUCCUCGCCGCCAUGAUAUUAGUGAAUUCUUACUUAUCAAUGGCGAAUGCUCACUGUCGUCAUCUUCUGAAGCUGAUUCUUAUAUCGCCUUGGCCGAUUUUGAAUCCUCAGUUCGUACAGGCAUUGAUCGAUGGGUCUCGCAGGUCUCCCCGAGCACUCAUGGUUCCGCCUGUGUUGCAAUUUAUCAAUGCAUGAACCAAUAUUCUAAGCAGGCGCAAAUCCUUUACAAGGACAAUCCCGAGGAUAUCUCUAUCAUGUUCCUCACGCUGUUGGAAUUAUGGGUUGCCCUUGAUAAGGUCGCCAUAAUGGAGCACAAGAUGUUAGCUGGCUAUUCACCAGAGAUCCCAUCCAACCUACCUGACUCGCUCCUCAUACGGAAAGCCGAUUCAAUGGCACGUUUGGAUCGUAUACAGAAGUAUCUGAGUCUUCGACACAGCCAAUCGUCGGUCUCUCGGUCAGUUUUCAUGGAAAAAGUGAAUUCUGACGCCUUUGCUAUCCGAUUCUUUGAUUCUUCCGAGACGCAUAUACUGCUGAAGGAGCGCAUAGAAUUAGAUGCAAUGCAGGAGCGAGAGAAAAAAGUCAAGGAGUUGGAGCAAAAGAAUGCCAGACAUACAUCCUUAAGCAACGAAGCCCGCCAGCUCCAGCACGCGAUCGAAAUGGAUAAACACGGACGCGGAAUUCACGCAAAAUCUUGUAAAAAAUGUAAACUGGAAAAACAAGUCCGCAAGAUGAAGAUAGGGGUGCAUGAGUGGCCGUUGCCCAAAGAUCCUUCACAAGCAAAGAUAGUGGUCUUCGAAUUGGAUUGUCCCAUUGCAUUUUCCGCUUGGAGGUCGGCGACUUACAGUUUCCUCGUGGAUGUCUGCACACCCACAAAGGAUAGACCUUCUGCAAUAUCGCCACACACUACUUUGGCUAACUACUCCGCUUUGUCGAAGUAUGCUACCCAACCAAUGAACCACCGACUCUCCCUUGCCUCGACUUCGAAGCCAUUUUCUAAAUCUCAUUACAGAAAUGUUGGUAUCCCAUCAACGGAGGGAAAAGCUUGCGUUAACAGCGGUCUCUCCUUCAAACUUUACGACAAAACUGGUGAUAGCUGGGCUACGAAGUCCUUCGCUCAUUGCAACCACAUUGCGCGAUACUGCACGUUUCUUCUGCCCCCAGGGCCGUAUUUGAACUUGCAGUUUGCUGUGGCUGAAACAUCUCACACUCAGAACGAAGUCAUUGCCAAACAGUCAGACUGCCACCAAGACUUGAAUAUCCACGAAUAUAUAGCAUUUGGAAGUUUACGGAGUGGGCCACUGUUACAAUGGCUCAAUAUUAUUCGUGAAAUACGCGCUCGUUCUCUAAGCUUCCGCCGAGAAGAGGUUUGUGCUCUAAUCACGCAAGCCGCUUGGCAAGUUGGACCAUUGUCAAGUACUGGCCAACGGGAGUGGCAUGAAGAGUUGGGAAACGAUGCAUUUGGACAUGCUCUACUCGGGGAACUCGAGGGUCUCAUGGCGAGCAUCGAGGGGAAUUGGUUAGAGUACGUUUCGAUGAGGAUCAUUAUUAUAUUGGCAUGCCGUCUGCUAACAUCAACCACUGGCGAGGAAGUCGAGGAGAGAAUAUUUGCUCUGUUACGAAAUAUUCGUACAGUAACGUUUUCAUGCGUACGACAACUAUCCGAGAAACUGCAAGAAGCUGAAGACGACGCGGAGAGCUUUGAAUUUCAGCAGCGUGUUCGUGAUAUGGCAGCGACGUGUCGAGCAACGUACGAUGUCGAAAUCUGCUACCUCCCAUAUCUUUUUUCAUCUCCAGAGGAUGACAACAUCUUUGUUCAGUGUGCUGUCAUUCUAUACGACAACUUACCUCCGAAGCUUGAUGAAGUACCAACUGAUUCGAAAGUUCUAUUGGGCCGGGAUCGGCGUUUCUCUCAUGCGCUGCAAAAUAUCAUUUCUCAGCGAGUCGACGAAAAUGGGACUGGGUUCAACCGUGCGAUAGCGUCCGCUUGGCCUGCUUAUCGUCCAGGUUCUUCGUGGCAGAGAUUACAGUAUCCGAAUGACUGCUGGCUCACUUCUACCACAGCAGAGGAUGGUGGUCAGCAACCUCAGCGCAUCCACUAUAAUACAUUGGAGGGGCGUUUACUCAUUGAUGGAAAGCCUCUAGGUCGCCUUCCUCUCGAUUUUAUACAGCAUCCAACUUAUCACUUGAUUUUUGGACAGAGAAUCCUCGAUGUUAUCCCUGCUGACAUGUCAGGAAUGGAAUUUGCAACGCGUGGCUUUAUCUUCGAUUACCGGAUCUAUUUUGCUAUGAAAAACGAUGGCUCCGAACUUGUGAUACGAGCAACCAAAGAUGCACAGAUUUUCGAGCUUAUUCCACCAAAGUUAUUUAUGGGUGAUCUACCGAAAUUACUAGUUGAAGGACACACCCAUUGGAUGAAUAUUGCUACUCGUGAGAUAGAAAUCCGCCCUGUCAAACACAUGUGGGAUUCCGCGCAGGGAAAUUGGCGAAUACACUUUUCAACUGCUGGCCAAUCGUCAAUGUUGAGGAUAGGCAAUGAUGCCCGUUAUAGCCUGGUCGAUGUCUGUAGCCCCAGCUACCAGAUGGUUUCAAACCGUCUGAGUCCACUGGAAUAUCCAGAAUAUCACAUCAUCACCGCUAGGUUCGAUGGUUCUGAGUAUACACUGUCAGCCGACUUGCCUCGAUUUGGACUGUCAUUUUUCGUGAAUGAUGACAAUCACCUCCAAUGCCGGAACAUACGUGGAAUGGUAGUUGAUCUAGAUCAAUCAACUGGCACUUUGAUAGGCCUUCGUAAUCAACUCGUGCUUCGGCCUGGCAAUAUGGCAUUCACACAGCUUCCUCGACCCCGCUCUAUCAUUAUCGCACAGGGACAAUUGUCUAUCAGCUCAAUAGACCAUCACGUUCGCAUCGACAUUGAUACGCAACACCAAUCCCGAGUCCAGUUUCAUCUGUAUAAGAUCGAUACUGACCUUGGUUGUCUCAUCGGCAAUGUUAAUUUAACAAAUAAAUUGUACAAGGCGUAUCUGCAUGCCGUAAGCAGUCACUGCCUACCUGAUCCUUUAACAGGACGCACUGGCACGGAAGAAGCUCUACGAGGUUUACGAUCCGCCGGUUGCAAAUCUUUCCAGAUACUUGGAUCAAAUGAUGCCGAGCUUCUUCGUCAAAUAGGAUCAUUGACGGCCUUGCGUAGCUACUAUCCGAAGCAUUUGAAAUACAUGGAAAGUGUGGAAUGGUCCACAUCCCUUGCUUCACUUGCGCAGCACCAUGGCCUGUACAUGGCCGUCAAAUCGAUCCUUGAUUACGCGGAACAGCUCAAGAUAUUCCACGAGAACUCAGAGCCUUUCCCAGAGAUUCCAUGCGAGACUCAUCUAUUAGAACGUGCUUCCAUCCGCAAUGCAAUAUUCUAUCCGGAAGAGUAUGCUGGGCCACUCCCUUCUGCGAGAGAGGAUGUGCAGUAUAAGUCCAGACAUGUAUGUAAUACUGGAGAGGCUUCAGUUUUUGACACCGCGUCCAUGGUGCAUGAAUGGCCGUCGAAGAUGAACACAUCCACCCAAUUGUUUGAACAUUUCCAAGACUGGGAGCAGCUAUCUGGACCAUCUGAGGAGGGGCCCAUAAGGAGUCUUCAUUAUGAUCGUCACUGGCUUCAAGUUUCGCUCCCCGCAGCUUGGCUAUCCAUCUUUGAUCUGUGUCGGACAACGCAGAAUUGUCAAUAUCAAUUGCUCUUUUCCCUAUCCGCCCUUGCUUAUAAAUCAUCCGAAAGUAGAUAUCUUAUCCCUACACUCCUCGCAUUUGCCGCGAUCCCUCGGUUUCGCAGCCUGGAACUCCCCUCUCACGACGCGUAUGACUUGUCCCGUGGUUUUGAUCCGCAACGCGAUGAGCUGUCAGAGUGUGUGCAGUCCACGGCUUAUCCAUUCGAAUCAAGUGAUGAAUUCUACAUGCCAGCCUACUUUGGGGAAAACGAAAUUGCUCUAGAGCGACGACGUAUUGCAGCAUACGAGCAAAGACGAACUUCGCAAACGAUUGACAUUGUCAAUGAACUUCUUCUUCAGUGGCCGUGUGAGAACCCAAACCUUAUAUCAGACUAUUCUGUUUGGUUUAAUGUUACGGCGCUCAUGGAAAGCACCAACAUACUAUUUCGCGAAUGGUUUCACAACGCUCAGCUUAAAAACCACACAAGUCAUGUUCAAGCAGUCCUCGAUGAAGUUCACCUUUCACACGCUCAGAGCUCCGAACCAUAUCAGCUUUUACCCUCGCAGAGCACACGUCCCCCCAGACCUUCAAAUGUAUCUUUCCAAAACCUUUUUCUCAGGGAAGCACCGUAUAUCAAGCUGCCACCAGAACCCUUAGGAGUUCUCAAGGCUAUGACGGAGGUAGGAAGCCCGCCAGACACCCAGAAGUUACAGGUACUAUUAUCGGAGUUCCGAGGCAGCUCUACUAAUGGGUUCCAUCAACUUUACGGGACAAGUUUGAGCGAAAGCCGACAUAUUCUAAGUGAACAAGCCCCAGACAUAUUCCCUUCUCUAAUACCUUAUUCUAUCCAAAUGCUGCAGUAUCAUUGUCAACAAUGCGAAGGUCAUUUUCGAUAUGCUCUGAAGACAAUCCAGGCAGCACUGUCUUCUAGAAAUAUACCUGAGUAUACAAUACUCAGCGCUGGUCUGUGGCCUCGCAUUACUACAAGAUCUCUUCUUGAACAAUUGGGUCUUACUUGCUCUGUGGCUUUGUCGACUAAUUGGAAACGGACUCUUGUCUCUUUCGCAAAUGCUCUCCUCUUAUUUCAGCGUUCCCAGCGCUUAUUGGCCUUAGCACUGAAUAAAAAAUACGAGGAGUUCUUCAAAGAGUUGGAGAAUACUGGGUGUGAUGGGUGGGAUGCUAUGGAAUAUCCUGAUUGGCUUUUGAUUCAGAUCGAGAAUCAUUUUCUUAUCAGGCGCAUUCAGGCCGGUGUCGCACUGGAAAUGAUACGUCCCACUUCGCAAGACAAUACAACCCUACAACUCAACAUGGGUGAGGGAAAAUCAUCGGUUAUUGUUCCGAUAGCCGCUGCCGCACUAGGAGGUGGUGACAAGCUUGUGCGAGUUAUCGUGCUGAAAUCGCUGGCUGUUCAAAUGUUCCAGCUACUUGUCGAACGUUUGGGUGGAUUGACAAAUCGACGUAUAUUCUAUCUGCCUUUCUCGCGCUCACUCCGGCUUGACGCUACCAAUGCAGCGCACAUACAAAAACUAUACAAAGAAUGCCUGCGCACCGGUGGUAUCUGGGUUGCGCAACCAGACCACAUUCUCUCCUACAAACUAAUGAGUAUUGACCAACGUUUGCUCUCAAAAUCUGUAGUUGCGGAAACUUUGCUCAAGUCUCAACAGUGGCUGGACAAGCAUAGCCGAGACAUACUUGAUGAGAGCGACGAAAUUCUACAUGUCCGGUAUCAACUGGUGUACACCAUCGGAUUACAGAACCAUCUGGAAGGUUUUCCGGACAGAUGGACGACUAUGCAACAGUUGCUUUGGCUUGUGAAGAGAAAUAUUGGGAUCAUAUCGGACAAAUGUCCGUUUGGAGUAGACCUGCAGCAAAGCUCAUACGGCGGCUUCCCUCCAAUUCGUAUACUCCAAGAUGCAGCUGGAACUGCUCUGGUUUCUUUGCUCGCUGAAAGAAUCUUGGAGGGCGAUCUUCCAAAUUAUAGCUUCAGUCAGGUUCCACCUUCCACCCUUGAAGCUAUCUCAGCUUUUAUUAAAUUACGGGAUCCUUCAUCAGAAGAUGCAGAACAUGUCAGAACAUACUGCAGUGACACUGGGCUUUGGAACGGAGUAUUGCUUCUUCGAGGCCUAUUAGCAAAAGGAGUCCUUAUAUAUGUGCUAAAGGAAAGACGCUGGAGAGUGGACUAUGGCCUGGACCUACGAAGGUCCAUGCUUGCAGUACCUUAUCGUGCCAAGGACGUCCCCGCCCCAAGAGCAGAAUUUGGACAUGCUGACGUUGCAAUUGCGCUAACAUGCUUGAGCUAUUACUAUGGCGGCUUAUCAGAAAGACAGCUGGAUAUUUGUUUCGAGUUGCUUCAGAAAUCUGACAACCCAGAUCUAGAAUACGAGACCUGGGUUCAUGAAUACGGUCUAGAUGAUAUACCAGAAUACUUGCGUCAUCUCAGCGGAGUCAACACGAGGUCUACCGAGCAGCGCAAGAAAUAUCUCGUCCCACUGUUCCGGUACAAUCAGGCCAUCAUUGACUAUUAUCUCGCCAAUGUUGUUUUUCCAGCGCAAGCCAAAGAAUUUCCUCGAAAACUCGCUACUUCUGGUUGGGAUAUUGCAGAAAGGAAAGUCCAUGUUAUGACCGGCUUCAGUGGAACGAACGACAAUCGGUAUCUUCUCCCCACCUCCAUCACGCAGCACGACCCCCCUCAUCAAUUAAGUACCAACGCCAAAGUCCUCAAUUAUCUCCUGCAAGACGAAAACAAUCAUUACCUAUGCAUAUCAGGUGCAGCAGGAGAGCGUGUAUCCACGGAGGUCUUCCUCAGACGACUUAUAGCGCAAACACCAGAAAUUCGAGUACUUCUUGACGUUGGCGCACAAAUGCUAGAAUUACACAACGACAGUCUGGCAGCUCUUUGGCUGUCACUAAAACUCGAGGCUCAGGCAGCGAUAUAUUUCAACGAAAAUGAUGAACUGACUGUAUUGGAUAGGGAUGGCAAUGUGGAAUCAUUUGUCUCUUCUCCUUUCAAUCAGCAGAUAGACCAGUGCUUGCUAUACUUGGAUGAUGCACAUACCAGAGGUACAGAUGUCAAGUUGCCUCCCGGAUCACGGGCUGCUGUCACAUUAGGCCCUAAAGUCACGAAGGAUCGUUUGACUCAAGGCUGCAUGCGCAUGCGACAGUUGGGCAACGGACAUUCAGUGAUGUUCUUCGCUCCUUUAGAAGUUGAUCGAGGGAUACGGGAAGCCGCUAUGAAGACGGGAAAGGACCCUACUAACCCACUUGACGUGCGGGAUAUAUUGCGAUGGGUGAUGCUGGAGACGUCUGCAGACGUCCAACACCGCGUUUCGCAAUGGGCAGAGCAAGGUCUAGAUCAUCGAAUCCGGGCCGCAGCAUGGUCUGAUUUCAUUAGCGGAAAGAUAACAGCUGAAAGUCUCGCAGCUUCAUGGCUUCAGCGCGAAUCCUGGACUCUUGAAGAGAUGUAUGGAUUAAGUUCCUCACUCCCUCAUUCAGCCUUCGAAGUAUCCGAGCUGCGUGAGCGCUGCUUGCAACUCGGAGUUAUGUCCCUCUCGCAGUCGCGGAUGGACGAGGAGCAAGAGAGAGAAGUGAUUCAUGAGGUCGAACGUGAACGACAGGUGGCGAGGCCGCCAAAGGUACAGGCUGCCAAACACCAGGUUCAUAAGGAUGUCACGCGCUUUAUCACUACUGGCAUCAUCCGUACUACUUCUGCUGCAUUCAAACCAGCAUUUACCACUCUCUGUCGCACAACUGCAGAAUUCAAGCAGAACGAUGUCUGGUCACCGAAUCUACUUGCAACAGCAGAUUUUAUUAAGACAGUGGAGCUUCAAUCCAAGCACAAAGCUGACGAUUUUCUGCGACCAUGCAAUCUGAUCAUCUCGAGCGAACAGGAAAAUUCGCUGGUCCUCAUCAUUCUCAGCCCUUUUGAAGUUAACAAUCUACUUCCCCAAAUUCGAAGGAGUAGCAAAGUUCGAUUACAUCUCUACACUCCAAGGGUCACCAAGGCGAUGAAAGCAAGUGACAAUCUCACACUCUACACUGUUCCACCAAUGUUGGCUCCAUUGCAUUUGCCCAUGCCACUGAAAAUCCAACUCAACGUACUUGCAGGCCAACUUUUCCUGCCAGACUUGGAGACGUAUACGCAACUUUGUCGUUUCCUGGGUAUUUAUACAAGGGAUCUGGGGAGGAACGUGGAAGUACAAAGUGAUGGCUUUAUCAAGCCUAAGCAUCGCCCCAAGGCUACGCGGUCUCUUUCACCUUUUACUCAAAGUCCACUACUAUCACUCAAAGCACUGAUAGGACUGCGCCGGAAAGGAAUGGGGUACUUACCCACGCAUCUAGGGAAGAUCUUGCAAGCAAGGUUAUUGACUGCUGAGGAUUUUGUGGCAUAA